AGCCAGGAUCCGGAGGUGACAGCCAGGAGAUUGUCACAAGUGAGUCAACUCUUAGCGCCGUCCUUGGAGUUUGGAGACACAUUUGCAGCGCUGUCCAAACCUGGUUUUGGUGGAAUUCUUUAGAUUUCACCUUUUUUUGGGGGUCUCUGAAUUUCCUCAUAAUUCUCCAACUGACUUUUACCGCUGUCCUUGAAUAUUCAAGAGACGUUCCACUGCUGUGCAAAUAAAUAUUAGUUAUCCAAGUUAACGCGAAAUAACUCACAAAAGCUCCCCAACCGAAUCGUGGAUGUCUGUAGCGGUUAUGACAGCUAAACCCGAACUGUCCGGCUGGCCAGACUUCUCAGCUGAGGACUUCCCCCCGUUAGAACAGUCGAAACUGGGACAUCUCGGAUCCAGAACCUGGGUAAAAUCUGCAGGAGGAGGGCAGUCUCCAUACUCACCAAGAGAUACGGGCCAUUACGCACACAGCGGCUCCAUGGAUCUCUCACUGGAGAAACUCAUGUCGGUGAGUAAACUAGCGGACAGUGGUGUCAGGAUAGAGAUGGACUUGGAUACAGUACAGGCGGACCAGGGAGAAGGAGGUAACCGGAAGCAGAAACGCCGGCGCGUCGCAGCUAACGCCCGGGAGAGGCGAAGGAUGCACGGGCUGAACAAGGCGUUUGACACGUUGCGGAGCGUGAUCCCGUCCAACAAUAAUAAAUUGUCCAAGUAUGAUACUCUCCAGAUGGCUCAGAUCUACAUCCAGGAGCUUUCGGAGCUGCUCACCGGGGUGGUGAAGCCAGAGGGCCGGGGAGGGUCGCGGAGUGAAUGCACCUCUCCGCUGGGGUCUUUCUCUCCAGAGCCCCGGGAGUGCGGUGGCAGGAUGACUGGGAUCAGCUCAAGCCUGCAGGACUCCACCUCCCCGCUGCCUCAGAACAGGAGACUGAUCGGAGAUCAGGAGAACACUGGCCCCGUCGGUCACCUCAUCAUUCUGUCUGCGCCUAAAUCUGAUCUAGGAUCGGGGAAUAAGAGGGUCUCUAACACAUCUAACGGGAGUGAUGGAGAGUCGUCGCAUUACAGUGAUUUUGAGGACGGGCAGGCCGGCAGACAGUGCUAAUUUUGAAGACUGAACGACACAACAGGAACUCUUAUGGGAGACGUUUUAAUUUGGAUUGUUUAAUAUUUGAUAUAAACUGUCUGUGUUUUCGAAUACAUAAUUACGGACACCAAAUGGUUUAGCUUGAGACAGUAGUCUAUGCCUACUCUCCACUACAUUUAGUCAAUAACACAUUGGUCUCAUCUUGCCAUAUGUAUUAGAUAUGGACACCAGGGUUGGGGUCAAUUCCAUGUUCAAUUCCCGUCAGUUCAAGAAGUACACUGAAAUUAAAAUUAAAAUCUCUUCAAUGGCUUGACAAAUGGGCAAAAAUUGGAAUCUGAAUGUAUCCUAAACUCUGCUUGUCGGCCAUCUUGAAAAGUUCUGGGUUAGAUUGAGAUGGUAUUCUAGCCUACAUUUAGACACGAACUUGAAUAUCCCAGUGAGCAAAAGAUGUCCCUUUUUAUUAAAAAACAAAAACAAAUUGCAGUUAUAAAACUGCAGUAAAAGGUGGUGUUUUGGGAGGCAGUAGUUGAAGACAAACUGCAGUUUAACUACACUUAUUAUUAUUUCAAAUAAGGGUUUGAAAAUGAGUCUUCUACUCAUAGGGACGUUUCAUCAUGCCAUAUUUAUUUUUAAAUAUCGCCACUGAUAACUAAAGAAAGAGGUAGCCCACUGUGUGAUAUUGUAGACUUUAUUACGUAUUUAAACAAGGCCUUGUAGUAUGACUUCUCAUAGGGGUUUUCUUUCCUUCCUUGCACUUUAUUGACUGAAUAAGUCUGGAACAUUUGGUUUCAAUGUCUGGCUGCAUUUAUAUCUUCUUUUUUUUUAAACAUAACUACUUUCUGUAUUGUUAUUUUGUAUUCUUGCAAUAUUCGUUUUUGAUGGAAUAAAUAAAGUUUAGUAUUUGGUAGAUA